GCCGCGCAGCUUGGACCGUGGCGACGCAGCGUAUCCUCGGUUCCUCGCGGCCGCAAGAGACGUGGCCUAGAACAAGGGAGCCGGCAGCGGGAGCGGACGGGCCUAAGCCUAAGCGCGCGCAGCUGCCGGUGGCCGUAGCAAUAAACUAUCCCCGCCCCCACCGGCUCGCGGCAUAGCUUCGUCAACACCGCGACCGCCCCACCUCCGAGCGCCAAUUCUACCGCCGUUGCCGGCCAAAUCGGAGAGCUUCCAGUCCACGAAUCCACGGCUCCUUCCCGGAGGCAAUCUUGUGCCGAUUGGCCAUCGGAGGCGCCGCCGGGGCCGGCGUCCUUGCGGGUUGGGGGUCAGGUCAAUCUGGCCUCUGCUUGAUUGGAUUCCAGUGGUCGGCGCCCCCAGCUCGCGAUCUUUCCUGCCGGUUUCGUCAGCCGCUGGUCAACUUGGCCGGUCCGUUUUGGUCUCCGGGGCGGCUCGGCUUCGUGCUGCCACCGUCGCUUUAGUCAGUCUCCGCCAAGAUUUCGGCAAUCUUCCAGUCAAGGCCCGCCCAAGAUUUGAUUGAAGCUUUACUAGUUCUUGGAUUCGUUUCUUGGGGGCAAGAAGCCGGUUCUUGUGUCGUCUCUGGUGCUGCAAGUAUGUUCCGUGGCACACCGAGUCUCUAGUAAAGGAUUUCGUCUGCUGUUAGUUUAGGGACUUCUAGCAUCGUUCCUGGAAAGUUGCUCUCGGCCGCUGCGGCGAUGGCUUCUAGCACCAGCGAGAUGCCCGAGGCAAAGGCGAAGCUGAAGAGGUCCGGGAGCAUGGGAAGCAGCGAUACAUAUGUGCGAGCUGACAAGAUUGAUCUUACGAGCCUUGACAUCCAGCUGGAGAAGCAGCUCACCAAGACCUGGGGUAAGGCCAGCCUCAAGUCUCAGGGGCCCAAGGAGGAGUGGGAGAUCGAUCUCGCAAAGCUGGAGAUCCGCUAUGUCAUCGCGCAGGGGACUUAUGGCACCGUGUAUCGUGGCACCUAUGAUGGUCAGGACGUUGCAGUGAAGCUUUUGGAUUGGGGAGAAGAUGGUUUUGCUACAGAAGCUGAAACUGCCGCUUUGCGAACAUCGUUUAAGCAGGAGGUUGCUGUUUGGCAUAAGCUCAGCCAUCCUAAUGUUACAAAGUUUGUUGGUGCAUCUAUGGGGACCACAGAUCUUAAGAUUCCAGCCAACAAUUCCAACGGUGGUGCACGCACUAACUUGCCAGCGAGAGCAUGUUGCGUUGUGGUAGAAUAUCUCGCUGGAGGAACUUUGAAGCAAUAUUUGAUAAAGAACAGCCGACGGAAGCUUGCUUACAAAGUUGUGGUUCAGCUUGCAUUGGAUUUGGCCAGAGGAUUGAGCUAUCUGCACUCAAGAAAGAUUGUACACAGGGACGUGAAAACUGAAAACAUGCUACUCACUCCACAACGAAACCUUAAGAUUGCUGAUUUUGGUGUUGCUCGUGUUGAGGCUCAGAAUCCAAAGGACAUGACUGGUGCAACAGGCACACUUGGUUAUAUGGCCCCAGAGGUACUUGAUGGUAAACCAUACAACAGGAAGUGUGAUGUUUACAGUUUUGGCAUUUGCCUGUGGGAAAUCUAUUGCUGUGACAUGCCGUACCCAGACCUUAGUUUUGCCGAUGUCUCAUCCGCUGUUGUCCAUCAGAAUUUGCGCCCAGACAUUCCUCGCUGCUGUCCAAGUGCAUUCGCUAACGUUAUGCGGAAAUGCUGGGAUGCAAACCCUGAUAAACGCCCUGAUAUGGAUGAGGUGGUACAGCUUUUAGAGGCUCUUGACACGAGCAAAGGCGGUGGCAUGAUACCGGAUGGUCAAUCAUCGGGAUGCUUAUGCUUCACCAAGGCUCGUGGUCCAUAGUUCUUUUCAUGAUACCUUCUUCCCUCAGCUACAAUUUGCCCAUGUAAAUGAAUGGGGCAUGACAUGCUUCCUGUCGCCACCUGCUUAGUUGGUGCUGACAGCCGUUCAUGGUUACGGUGCCAUCUUUAUGCGUCGACUACAGGCCUACAGCUCUCUCAUAUGACCUUUGCGGUCAAAUGCUCUUUUUCUAUACAAGUGUUAUGAUGUAAUUGUGAUUCUAAAGAGUUUUCGGGGUAUACGGAGUUACACUCGUGAAAAUGCUACCUUUCUGUGUCCAUUUUGGAUCCAUUGGUGAAUAUACAUCUUUACCUUUCUCCUUUUA